AUGCGGUUGAGCUCACGGUUGCGAGCUGCUCGGGCCGCAGGAAUGAGUGGAGUUGUAGUAGGGUCAAAACGACACGAAGCACUUAUGCAUCUCUCGAAGCACGUGGAGCAUAGCGGUGACGAUCGCAACAUUUGCGACGAUUCUGAACGUGCUUUGGCCGGUCUUCGAAAAGACGAGCUUAGUCGCUUUGACCCGUCACCUGCGAAACCAGAUCAUCACACCACUAUGGACAGCGAAAAUGCCCUUCGAACCGCAUUAUCAGGUGUUCUUUGUCCAGAACACGACACACAUUUCCAUAUUCGAAGAUGGUUGAAUGGCUACGAUGGAGAUGUUGCAAAAGCUGCAGAGAAGUACAAGGAGUAUUCGCGAAUCAGAAAGUCUCUGGGAUACGAUGAUUUUAUAAAUGUGAAGAAGCUGUAUGACGACAAGACAAAUUGUGCUAGAUACGUCAGACAGUCUAGACUAACUUCUAAGUGGAUCAAUGAGAAGGAUAACGGAAUCGUCUUUGUAGAAAUGAGCAUUGAAGAUCCUAAGAAGUUCAUGAAAGUCGUCAGAGUUGGCGAAUAUCUACGUUCCUUCUUUGGUUACUGUGAAUAUUUUCAAAAUUUGGUGUUGGAGCGAGAAAAAGCAACAGGACGUCAGUCUCAUGGAAUUUGCAUCUUCGAUAUGAAAGGGAUAGCCGUCACACCGUACAUGUCCCCAACGAGUCCUAUUAAUUGCCUCAUGCUAGCUCGGGUUAACAUUUGGCUGGACUAUUACGCAGAAUUAUUGAAACAUGUAAUUAUUGUGAAUCCUCCAACAUUUCUGGCUUUGGCUUGGAAGGUGAUUUCUUUUCUUUUACCAGCGAAAGUCCACAACAGAUUCCAUUUUGCCUCAAAAUAUCCAGAUCAGUUAGCGCCAUACCUCAGUAUGAAUGCCAUUCCACCAGCCUUCUCAGGAUCAUGUGACAUUUCAAGCGAGCUGGAUAAUGGUUGCUUCAAAUCGGCAAAGAUAACCGACGACGACUAUGUGGAGGAUGGUUCUCUGUGGAAGGCUCACGGGGUUGAACCUCUGCCCGAAUCCCGUACUGUGAAAGCGGGCGAAGAGGUGAUCGUAGAGUUCAGCACAGGAGGAAAAGGGAAAAUGAUCUAUCAGUACACAGUUAAUGCCGAAGUUCAGAUAUGGUUCCAGCAAGACGAGAUGGAUUUGACUCCGAGGUUUAAGAUGAUGACGCCAAAAUUAUCGGAAGAAGAGAUCGUUGACCUUAAAUGUGAUUCGCAAGUGAUUCUCCGAGUUUGUAAUCGUAGCAAAAUGUUUUCGGCUAAAGUGAAUUUUGCUGUAGCAUUUUUAUGA